AUGGGUAAAAAUGUCCUUUGGGCUCCUCCUCCUCCUCCGAAGAAGAACUUGGAAAAGUCAAUCUGGANCCUACUGGGCCGUGAUCCCGAGAGCGUGGAGCACAUGAUUCACGGCGGCGCUUGUUCCGUCUUCGGCAAAGUCCUCAAAGAAGCGCCGAUGAAGGUCCAGGCCAUGGUCGCGUGGGCUACCUCCGAGCUCGUCUCCAAUCACCCCAAGUGCCAAGACGUCUUCGCUCAGCACAACGCCAUUCGGCUACUCGUCGGCCACUUGGCCUUCGAAACGGUGCAGGAGCACAUCAAGUACGCCAUUGCCACCAACAACAAAGCCACCUCCAUUCACCACGCCGUCGCUCUCGCCAAGGAAAACCCUAACUCCGCACCCUCGGCGGCCAAGGGUCCUGAUGACGAUCAGAGCUCGAUUCCGCAUCCUACGGGGAAGCAAAUGCCCGAUCAGAUGCACAACGUGGUCGUCAACACCAUGGCGGUUAGGGCAAAUCCUCCGAGGAAGUCUACGAGCAACGGGGUUGUGAGCCAGAGUAAUGGUGUUAAGCUACCUUGCAGUCUCCAGCAGCACCAGAAUUCAACUUCGAGCGCAUCCAAGACUCGAGAGCUGGAAGACGCAGCGACCAAGUGUCAGCUUAAGGCAAUGGCGGCCAGAGCGCUGUGGAAGCUGGCCAAAGGCAAUUCCACCAUCUGCAAAAGCAUCACAGAGUCCAGAGCUCUCCUCUGCUUCGCUGUUCUGAUUGAUAAGGGCAACGAGGAGGUCAGAUACAACUCAGCUAUGGCGUUGAUGGAGAUCACGGCCGUUGCAGAGCAGGAUGCUGAUUUGAGACGCUCCGCAUUCAAACCCAAUUCCCCGGCCUGCAAGGCUGUGGUUGAUCAAGUGCUUAGAAUCAUCGAGAUGGCAGAUUCUGAGCUACUUAUCCCCUGCAUCAGAACCAUUGGGAACCUUGCUAGAACAUUCAGAGCAACUGAGACACGGAUGAUCGGCCCUCUGGUGAAGCUUAUGGAUGAACGAGAGCCCGAAGUGACAGGGGAAGCAGCUGUUGCCCUCACGAAAUUCGCCUGCACAGAGAAUUACUUGCAUAAAGAUCACUCGAGGGGCAUUAUAGAAGCUGGAGGGGGCAAACAUCUGGUUCAGUUGGCCUACUUUGGAGAGAGUGGUGUUCAGAUUCCAGCGUUAGAGCUCCUCUGUUACAUAGCGCUCAAUGUUCCAGACAGCGAGCAGCUGGCAAAGGACGAGGUUCUGGCAGUGUUGGAGUGGGCAUCGAAGCAGUCUUGGGUUACACAGCUGGAGAGCUUAGAAGUUCUGUUGCUGGAGGCUAAGAGCAGACUGGACCUUUACCAGUCGAGAGGAUCCAGGGGUUUCAAUUUCAAUUGAUUCAUUGUCUUCGAUUUUUGAUGCAGCGAAUGCAGAAUACGAUGUUGUUUAAUACACUCUUACCCUUUGUAAAUCAAGAACAAAAAGGCUUUGAGCUUUUUGUAGUUGAUCUUCUCUCUCUCUCUCUCUAUAUUUCUCUUGUUGAUCCUUUCUGUACAGAUUCAUAUAUCUGCAUACGAUAUCAUUGAUUAUUUGAGCCUUUUUUAAAGGUGUUUCCUGUAA